AGAAUUAUCAUUCAAAUGCAUAUUAAUCAUGUUCUUUUUCCAUGUAUAUAAGACUGUUGAAAAUGGUGGAGUCGAGCCUAAUAUGCUGGCUUUCAUUGAGGAUGUUUAUAAAAGUAAGAAAACUGGCAAGAUUGUCUACAAGAAGGCUAAGCAGAUUGUGGAGACUUUAAAAGAACAGGUGAAUGACCUCCAAUCUAAAGAGCCACUUGAAGAUGGAUUGGUUCAGCCUCUCUCUUGUCCUGAGAUAAACGAUUUGGUUCGCAAGGCAAUACCCAAAAAAAAGGGUAACCGAUUUGGAUUUGGAUCUCUCCCAGAUCAUGAAGAGUUAGAUGCUCCCUUCUUACCCAGCUUGGACCAUGAAAAGAAGUUAGAAGAAGCAUACAACAAGAUUUCUGAGUUAGUUAAGGAGAAAGAGGAAGAUACCAAGACAAUCCAGUACUUGAAGGAUGUUACUGAGAAGCUUCUCAACAAAUUUCCAGACUGUCGUCCAGCUGAAGAAGAAGAAGAUGAUGAUGAAACUCAAAAUUAAAGUGUUUUAGUUUGGCUGGUUUUUUGGUUGUAUUAGUUACGGUUAAUAUAAGAAUCUAUUAAUGUGGUUUAAUUGACAAUAACUUCUAUUUAUAUAUUUUUGGUAUUUUCUGAU